GCACCCUUGGCUGAGCUGCGUGGCCAUGGACGUGGGCGCCGACGAGUUCGAGCAGAGCCUCCCUUUGCUGCAGGAGCUUGUCCUGGGCGCCGAGUUCGUGGGUCUGGACAUAGAGUUCACGGGCCUUCGCUCUAACCUGUCCCGGCCCCAGCAGAUCAGCCUGUUCGACUCGCCCCCGGAGUGGUAUCUGAAGACCCGUCAGAGCGUUCAGCAGUUCACCAUCUGUCAGAUUGGAUUGUCCGUGUUCUCCAGUAUUGAAGGAGAGUCAAACAAGUAUGUAGCCCAUUCGUGUAACUUCUUUCUCUUCCCUACGACAUUUGGGGUUUUGGAUUCAGAGUUCUCUUUCCAGGCUUCCAGCGUCCAGUUUCUGAAUCAGUAUGGCUUCGACUACAACAAGUUUCUCAAAAAUGGGAUCCCAUAUAUGAAUGAGGAACAGGAGAAGAAAAUCAAACACAACAUCCUGACUGGGAGCUGGAAAGUUCGCAGUUCUCUGGAUAAAGACCAGAUCAAGGUGGUGAUUGAUGAAGUGACGCGGUGGCAGGACCUGGCGGAGGAGGGUGACUGGAUGACUCUCCCUGGCAUCGCUGGCUUCCAGGCCUUUGAGAUCCAGCUGGUGCUGAGGCAGGCCCUCCCCGACAUCUGGACGGUCCUGAGGGACCAGGGGAUUAUAGUGAAAAAAGUGAGUAAGCAGCAUCGCUGGUACCUUGAGAACUCGUCCUGUGAUCGAGAAAGCUGUUGGAAGGAGAAGAUCCUUCUGUCCGCGAGGGGCUUCUCUGUGUUUUUCCAGAUGCUGGUGAAAGCCCAGAAGCCCUUAGUGGGCCACAACAUGAUGAUGGACCUGCUGCACCUGCACGAGAAGUUCUUCCGGCCGCUGCCAGAGAGCUAUGAUCAGUUCAAGCUGAAUAUCCACAACCUGUUUCCUGUUCUCAUUGACACCAAGAAUGUGACGAAGGACAUCUGGAAGGAACUGAAUUUCCCAAGAGUCUCAAAUCUUUCAGAAGUUUAUGAAGUCCUGAACAGGAGGCUGUACGUGCAGGUAGAGGUGUUCUGGGCUUUUCUCUGUCCCCAUAGAGCUGGCUCCCUGCUUGAGCCGUCCUUCCCCCUGUACCUCGAUGUGCUGGCUCCGUACGUGAACCAGGUGAAUCUUAUCCGAGCCAGGAUCCCUAAGAUUAACUUUUCUGGUCCCGACUCCCCCAGCACCCGGCCUCCCAUCCUCCUGCUCAGCGUCCGGAGGUGGCCUGGGGUCAGCGAGCAGCAAGUCUAUCGUGAGUUUCAGAAUCUCUGCAAGUUUGAUGUCCGGCGACUCUCGCGGAGCCAGUUUCUGCUCUUGACCAAUAAGUUCAAGGAUGCUCGGAGCAUCCUGAGGGAGUACCGGGGCCACCCCACCCUGCAGCUGACCCUGUACCGGUACUGGAGACACUCCCCGGACGUCAGCUGCCUGUUCCGAGUCUGUGGUGUGGUGGCCACCUGGGCCCUCCUCGCUCUCGUCCUCGGAAGACCUGAUCCCUGAGCGUGACCUGCUGCCUCGGUCCCCUCUUCGUGCCUCUCGGGGACUGCCGUCCACGUGGGGCCCCUGGGGCUUUGUCUUGGCAGACCGGUGUGUGCCGUCCUUGUGGGGACCUUUGUUCUGAAUGUGAAAUUCUGUAACUAUUAUCAACAAUAAAGAAAUAUUUAGAUGUGAA